AGCACAGACUGCAGGUUGUUGAUCAGGCCGGACUGAAUCCUCUUGGCUGCUUGCAACACUGACCUCUGCAGGUCUCCGGCCUUAUCUCUGGGGGCAUGACGUAGAGUGAAGGUGAAUUGAGGACCUUCUCCGAGAUGGUGAGGCCUAUAUAUGGUGGGAGCUGCCCAGAAAGAAACAAACACCUCGAGCAGCCUUUGAGACACCUUACAGCAUAUUUUUACUCUCACCAUGUGGAAGGCAGCACUCUUGACCCUGGGCUUGUUGGCGAUGCUGGUGGACAGGGUUCGGACCAAUGAUGGUCAUCCCUCUUUCUACGGGGUGAAACUGUGUGGAAGGGAGUUCAUUCGAGCCGUCAUCUUUACCUGCGGUGGUUCUCGCUGGAGGAGAAGCAUAGAAGACUCAGCUCUCAUUGGAGAAGAGGCAUAUGACCCAUGGAACACAAAUACCAUCCCUCAACUCAACGUGGAGCAAGUUCCUGCAGAGUCACAACAAGUAUGGAGAGAUCAAACAUUGAAAGCUGCAUCUGUGGCUGUUGGAUUCAGCCGCUCAUCUCGCUCACCAAUCUCAGAGGAGGUGCUGGAGGCUCUACGGAGUUCCGAUAGGAAAGGAAGGGAUGUCGUGGUCGGACUGUCUAAUGCCUGCUGCAAAUGGGGCUGUAGCAAGAGUGAAAUCAGCUCUCUCUGCUGAACAUUUUUACUUAAAUAUUUUCCUGUCUAUAAAGCAGAGCUCUACUUUUUUCAUAUGUGAUUCUUCAAAUGUAGAAUUUCAGAUCCCAUCCA